AACAGACACAGAGACACAGUCACAGUUUAGCUUUAGUGUCCGUGAGUGAGAAGAUCAGGGAAGAUCAAACUGCUAUAGGUUGACCCCUGAGCCUCCGUGUCUCCCCUUCAAGGAUACAGGUUGCACCUUAGGGAUACCAUCACAGUACUCCUGAAUUUUGCCAAACUUGCAAAAGCCACAAUGUCACAAUUCUGUACAAUGCCAACCGGAGAGAGGAAGAAGUGUGCAGCAGCUAUUUGCCGAGAGGUCCACGGUACCAAUGGGGACGUAAUGGAUCUUGGAAAGAAGCACAGCAUUCCUCAAGACAUUAUGUUGGAAGAGUUAUCAUUGCUUUCCAACAGAGGUUCCCGGCUUUUCAAAAUGCGCCAGAGGAGAUCUGAAAAAUAUACAUUUGAAAGUAUACAAAAUGAGGCAAACACACAGCUGAAUAAUGAUAUUUUAACUCAUACACACAAUGUGGAAAUUAAAGUGGACGCACCAGCCGAUGGAAAUACUGUUAAUCCAGAAAUCACUAUUUCAGACAUGACUGCAGAGAAGGUAACAGCCACAACUAUGCCCAAUUCCUACCACUCCCCGUGGGAUCAGGCAAUCCUCAGUAACCCCGACCUUGCCGGAUCCCUCAAACUGACCAUGUCAGGACCUGACCCACGACCAGACCUUCCUGAGUACAAAAGCUUUAACCGGGUUGCCACUCCUUUUGGUGGCUUUGACAAAGCUCCAAGAGGAAUCACGUUCAAGCUCCCUGAGGUGGACCUGAACCCGCCCAGGUACCUAGAACUGCAGGAUCCGGGAGACAAGCGACCCACCUUUAAUAGGAUGGCCCAAGGGUGGAUAACUGAGAGCACCCAUCUGAUCCUACCCACUGUCACCCUGGAGCCCAUCAAAGUCCCCGAGUCUGAUGACCUGUAGAUGGCCUAACUGUAUGUAGUCUGGCCACAGCUAUAGUAUUUUGGCCCACCUCUGAUGAAGGCAAAAUACCCCAUUCAGCAUAGUCACAAUUACUUAACAAUAUUUUGGAUUAGUCCCAUUUAGUGGACAGAAGGUGUUUCAUGUAUUUGUUGACUAGUGUGUUUGGUGUACACUUAAACUGUAUUCAAAGAAAAUCAUGGAAAUAGCAUAACUCAAGAAGAGUUUCCAUUGAUACGGACAGCAAAAAUGUAAAUGUUAUACAUGUUCAGUUGAAUUGAUGAUAAUGUAAUGUAAAUAAAGAAUCCAACUUAUUUAUUGAUGCCACCCAAUUGGAACAUACAGUGAGUUAUAUUGAGUUAUUGUUAAAAGUAAGCAAUAUUUCAUUUAAAUCUAUUGUAAAGAAUGCUAUUAAUACAAAUUCACAAAUUAUUAUAACAUACUAAUUUCCUAUUUAUUUAUCCUAUAUAUGAUAAAUAUAUCUUAAAAUCAUGUAAGAGGAAGCAAAUGUUGAAACCAUUAAUAGAAAGGUAUAAUUUAAAUAAAUCAAACAAAAUCUACUAUGAUCUGUAGAAAUAAAACAAUAGUAAAACUUCUGUUUUAUAGCUGUGAUUUAUUGUUGACUUAAAAAGAAGAACAAAUUUGACUAACAGAUUAAAUAAAUUAAUGGACUCAAAAACAGGGACGUUAUACACAAAUACAUGUUAUAAUUGUACAAGAUGGAUAUAGUCUGGCCAGCCUUGUUUGGAGUGAGAGAAAAUGUAAAUGUUUGUUCUGUAUUAUUUCUUGUCACAGAUGUACUAUAAAUGUGUAACUUUAUAGCAUCUCAACCUCCAAAAGCAAUACUGUGUAUGAAUGCAAAACACACUGAAUGUCUGUGAAUGAUAUUUUGGUGUUUCUAAAGAAGUGAGCUAAAACAUUCAAGCUGAAUGUUUUUACUUCUACAGUUUAAGUGUAUUGUCUUCAUACAUGCUCGAUAUGA